AUGUCGUUGUUAUGUCGACGAGAAAGCAUCAGUGCAUUCUCACCCUCGACGAGCCCGCGUUUUCUUACAGUUCGCCAGCAAUCGGAUUCAAACGCGUACUUGCCACCCUUCAGUACUCAACGACCGCCUGAGAAACCUCGGCCCUUCCAGCCAUCGGGGGUGACGGUCCAGAGGCCGUCGUCUCUCUACACCCCGCCAAAUACCGGUGGUUACCCGGGAUCCGGACCACCCUACUCUACCCCGAGACCGAGCUUUCCCAGCAGCCAGCAACCUUCGUCAACGUAUGUGCCGCAGAGUUUCAGCGGCUCCACAUCCUACAACCCUCGACCAAGUCAACCCUCGUACUCUAACGCGGGUUCGUCGGCCUUCCCGCCAUUAAACUCGCCAGAAUCGUCAAGCACCUACCUUCCACCGCAACCGCCGUCCUUCCCAUCGACCAGUUCAAGACCACCUCUGUCCGGGUCCACUGGCGGCAAUGGAUAUCCGAGUACUGCGGGAGGAUACUCGCCCGGAACCGCUGGAACAUUACAACCGCCAGUUACAGGGGGUUACUCGACACCAGGUGGCUUCUCCACGUCAUAUGGCUACCCGUCGGAACAGCCUACGCCAGGUUUUCCCACCCCGGGCGAAAGUGGAUAUCCCAGUCCGGGUUAUCCCUCCACAGGCGAGGGAUCCACGGGAUAUGCACCUUCCACCCCUGGAGGACCGUUCCCUCCCUUUACUACGCCAGGUGAGGUUGUCACUAGUGAACCAGGAGUUCCUGGAGAAACUGUUGGACCAGGCACUUCCACAGAAACUAUUGCAGCCACCGACGACGAUCUCAAUCAUCCCCCGCAUAUUCAUAGUCUUGACGUUGAGUGCAGUAAAACCAUGAUGACGAUCAAUAUCGAAUUCAACCGCGCUUUCGACGGCCUUAUUUAUUCCAAGGGAUUUUAUAUGAACCCGGAAUGCAGGUACGUAGAACAAAACUCGGGCCAAACGCAAUAUUCUUUCACCGUGAAUUUAGACUCGUGCGGAACUCAAUUCAUCAAUGACUUCGAAGGUGAAGCCGGUCAAGCUUACUUGGAAAAUGUUCUUGUAUUACAGAACGAACCGGGUAUACAAGAAGUCUGGGACACGGUGCGAAGAGUACGAUGCCUCUGGGAAGGGAACAUUAAUAAAGCCCUAACAGUAAAUUUCUCAGUAGACAUGUUAAACCAGGAAAUCGUUACCUUUAGUGGUGAUACUGCUACAGCCAAACUGGAUAUUCAAAUGGGUCGAGGACCCUUCGCAACUGCAGCCGAUGGAUUAGUAAAGAUCGGAGAGCCGAUGACCUUAGUCGUCUCCGUGGAAGGCGAUCCUGGCUUCGAUCUGCAGGUGCGCGAUUGUGUGGCACGAGACGAAGCUUCAACCAACAUGCUGCAGCUCACCGACGAAAGGGGCUGCAUCUUGAAACCAAAACUGUUUGGUGCUUUCCAAAAGACAAACGAUACCGGAAAUACAGGAGCUUCUAUCAUUGCUUACGCGUUCUUCCAAGCUUUUAAAUUCCCUGACGUUAUGGACUUAUUUAUCGAAUGCAAUGUCGAGCUAUGCAAAACGGAUUGCGAGCCCUGCCCAGAAACAGAUCAACAAAUCGAACCAGGUAGACGUCGUCGAUCAGUAACAUACGCACCUACGAACACUUCGACGAAUCCGGUUUUGCUAUCAGAUCCGGUCCGUAUCGGACGUCGUUUCAAAGUAAUCAUGCUAGAUGAUUUAAGCACAGCUUCCAACCGGAUCUUGGAAAGCAUGGAGGAAACAGCGGUCGAGACGAUGAUAAAAGCGAAAGAUGUUUGUAUGAGCAACAAUGGUUUUUACACAACUUUUUCUCUUAUGUUAAGCACGCUCUUCGUCGCGACCAUAAGUGCGGCUGUGCUCUACAUCAAAUUGCAACGGAUUCGUAGAACAAAAUUCGUGGAUUCGUAGGAGGAUAUUAUUUACAACAUCUCUAGUUACUAUUGUAACAACGUUAGGAAAGGAGUUGCAUAGCAAAUGACAAACGCGUGCCAGUAAUUAAAUAAUGCUUAAGCAGUAAGAACAUUAUCCUUCAUCGCUUCGUAAUCAUUUUUCCUGCGAGGGAAAUGCGAAGGAAUUGAUAGAGAAACGCCGAAGAAAAAUGUAUACACAUCAAAACGGAACAAUUGUUAUUACAAUUAUGAUAAAUUAGAACGGCAAUUUUGUUAAAUUCAUUAUUUUCGUAUAUGUAUAAAUUAAUUUUGAUAGAACACACGUUAAUUUUUUUGCCGGAACAUGAUAAAUUCAUUCUUCUACUCGACAGGGGUACAGCCAUAUUUUACAUAUCAAUUUAUGAAUAUAAUCUAACAAACUACUCGUACAGUCCUCGGAUGGCGGUAGUGCUCAUUUCGCGUAAUAUUGAAUACCGAUACGAUAUGGUA